GUGAUGGCUUCCCGUGUCUGGGCCUGAGCUCCGAUCCUUCCCAUCUCAAGCUACAGUGUCCAGUCUCCAGAGUCAUCGUCGUCAACUUUCUCUUUGCGCGAUCUCUCGUGUAGUAGUCGUCGUCCCCAACGCCUUCCCCUCCUCCCCACCCAUUGUUCUCGGCAAGAUUUUCCCAUCCAGACCCAUCUUUGAGAAUUACUCCUUCGAAUUUCGGUUACUACAUCUGCCGUAGCCAGAACAGCAGAACCCUUCUCUUUCCAUCGCCUCAAAACUCGGGUUCGGCCGACCUAGGCUCGGGAGACAUCAUGGGUAGCUCCAAAAGCGGCUUCGACGACGACUCCGCCAGCGAAUCCUACGGCGGGAGCGGCAGCGCUGGCACCGCCGCGACCAGGAGCGACGCGGAGGCCGACCGUGACGAUGAGUGCCCGCCUUCCCUCGAAUCGAGCCCUUACGCUGAGGAGGAAAAGGUCCUCGCUUUCCACAGCCUUCACAUUUACGAGGCCAAGGUCAAAAAAAUUGAAUAUCGACUCAAGGAAUGGAGAUACUAUGUUCAUUACCUGGGUUGGAGCAAAAAUUGGGAUGAAUGGGUCGGCGUGGAUCGACUGAUGAAAUACACUGAUGAGAACCUACAGAAACAGCGGGAGCUCAAUAAUAAACAAGACGCAGAGAAAAGUACAAAACCCAGCCGCGUAUCUUAUACUAAACCAAAGGGUUCAAAUGUGCCAAGAGGCAAGAAGCGAAAGCAUGAUUCUAUUCUCAAGGAGAAGGGUGCUUUACCCUUGGAGAAGCUUGUGAUUAUACAGAUUCCACCAACACUGAAGAAGCAGCUCAUCGAUGAUUGUGAAUUUGUUACUCAUCUGGGCAAGCUGGUCAGACUUCCACGUACUCCAAGUGUUGAUGACAUCUUGAAGAAGUAUCUUGAUUAUAGAUUAAGGAAAGAUGGAAUUUUGCUUUACCAAUGUAGGAUGACGGAUUCGGUGGGAGAAAUUAUGAAAGGCCUGCGCUGUUACUUUGAUAAAGCCCUGCCAGUGAUGCUCCUGUACAAAAGCGAGCGUCAACAAUAUGAGGAAACAGUCACUGAUGAUGUUGAUCCUUCAACUGUUUACGGUGCAGAACAUCUGUUACGCCUCUUCGUCAAGUUGCCCGAGCUGUUGGUCUACGCAAAUAUCGAAGAGGAGACGCUGAGAGAGUUGCAGCACAAAUUAAACGACUUUCUAAAGUUCCUUCACAAAAAUCAGAGUUCAUUCUUCCUUUCAGCGUACCAUGCUCCAGAAGAGAUCGAGACCAGCACCAACAAUUUAGUGGACUGAUUGGAUCUGUUGCAGCAAUAGGAUGUACAUAUUAUGAUAUAUUUAUGUAUAGAUAAAAAUCCAUAGUGUCUUGUCCACUUUCUGGCCAUCCUUAUUCUUGUUUUGAGGUUUUGGAGUUCCCUGUUGAAUUCGUGUGAGCCAGAUACAGUGGGAAAAUGAGUUGUGUUUGCGCUUGAGGACGCAAUUUGCUUCACUACUGUCUCUAGGAUGAUGACUCCAGCUAAUAUAUCUAUUAAAAUAUCCAAAGAAGAUUUCUACUUGA